AUGGUGUUCACCGGUGAGAUGGACCAGAUAACGAGACAUGAAGCUGAGGAGAAAGCAAAGGCAGCAGGUGCCAAAGUCCUCUCUGCUGUCUCCGGCAAUGUGCAGUAUCUGGUCGUUGGAUCCAGAUUGGAUGAUGGCCGGCCAGUUGAAGAGACUGGAAAGUACAAGAGGAUGAUGGAGCUCAAGGAGAAAGGAAAGAAACAUCCAGAAGUUAUGACCGAGGCACAGUUCUUGGAACGACUUCCGGAUGCUUCUGCUCCACGACAGCCAGUGGCGAGGCUAUCAGUUCCCAGCCAACCAGCAGCUCCAGCUGGCCCGGGGCAGAACUGGGUCGACCGCUGGGCACCCCGAAGUUUUGAGGACCUGAUUGGCAACGCCAGUGUCAUCAGGAAGCUGACGGAGUGGCUGCGAGAUUGGGAAGACGUGGUCCUGAAAGGCAAACAAAAAAAGGCGCCGUUUAAGCCAGGUGGUGGAAUGCCUGAGAACAUCAAUGCCCGUGCGGCGCUGAUCAGCGGUCCACCUGGAAUCGGAAAGACGACAACCUGUCGACUGGUUGCCAAGUUGCAUGGUGGCUACGAGGUCCUGGAGUACAACGCAUCAGAUGCGCGCGGCCAGAAGAUCAUUCAGGAAAUGGCACUUGGCAUAGCUGACAACAAAACGAUCAGCUUUAAGCCGAAUGAUUUCAAGGAACCAUCCGUGACCAAAAAGGCGGUCAUCAUCAUGGAUGAGGUCGACGGCAUGGGUGCUGGGGAUAGAGGUGGCAUGGCUGCUCUCAACAGGAUGAUCAAGAAGACCCGAAACCCCAUCAUUUGCAUUUGCAAUGACGCUCACAGUCAGAAAGUACGAUCUUUGGCGUUUAGUUGUUACGACCUGAAGUUCACCAGGCCUGCGCGAGGGACCAUUGCGAAGCGCUGCGCUCAAAUUGCGGCCACCGAGGGCCUCCAGGUAGAGGAAAAUGCUCUUGAGGAGCUGGCUGAGUCCUGUGGCGGCGACAUGCGAAUGGUGCUGAACCAAUUGCAGAUGCUUACAAAGUCCGAGACCUGCAUGACGCAGGGCGUAAACUACAUGGACAUGAAAGAAAAACUGCGACAGAUGAACAAAGAUCAGGAAAUCAUGUUGAGCACCUUUGACGCGUGCAAGAAGCUACUCAAUACUUCCCAGAGUCAAGGGCUUUCUUAUCGAGAUCGCCUUGAAAUGUUUUUCGUGGACCACUCCAUCAUGGGUCUAAUGGUCCACGAGAACUAUUUGAAUGCAGUAUCCAAGAAGCCUGUGGAUCUCCCUCUCCUCAACAGGUGUGCAAACUCGGCAGAUUUGAUGGCGGUUGGUGACAUGAUUGGUGGUCGAAUACGAGACAAUCAGGAGUGGAGCCUGCUUCCUGACCUGGGUCUCUUUUCGGCAGUUUAUCCCGCCUACCUCACCAAUGGGUUUGUGGGGUUUCCCAGCUUUCCAGCGUUCCUUGGCAAAUACUCCACGCAAACCAGGCUAGCUUUUGCGUGUUUUUCUCAUUGA